AUGAUGCAACAGAUCUUGAGAGACAUGUUUGUAGAUCCAGAGCUUCUGGCUGAACUGAAUGAGGAGCAGAAACAAAUUCUCUUCUACAAAAUACGUCAAGAGCAGGUGCGACGCUGGACAGAGUGUGAGAGCCAAGAAGGAGCCUGGGAAAUGAGCCCCCUGACCAUGAAAAAAGAUGAAAACACAAAGAGUGUUCAGUGGCUAAAGGGGAUUGAUGGUGAAGUGUGGGUCUGGGUGAUGGGAGAAGCCACUGGAGACCGACCAUAUGAGCUGAUUGUCAAGGAGUUGAUGGAGGAGAGCGCCAGGAGACAGGCUCAGCUAGAAGCCCAAGAGCUUUGGCGGAAAAAAGAAGAAGAGAUAAAGCAAAAGUUCAGAAAUGCCAUCACAAAGGAAAAAGCACGCUUAGUCGCAGGAAAGUGGAAGGAAGAAGCUGAGGACAGGAAGGCAGCCAAACAGGAAGAGGAACACCUACGGGAGAAACUGAAGAAACAAGAGGAAGAGGAAAGGCAGAGGGAAGAAGAGGAGAUACGCCGUGCAGAGGAACAAAGAGCCAAGGAGCUGUAUAUGUCCCUUGAGCAGGAACAGAAAAAAAGCGAACAAUGUGACAAAGAGUGGGAGGAACAAUUGCACCGCUCCAAAGCAGCUGAUGAGGAGAUGACUAGGAAGGCUCGUUGGGCCAGGGAUGAGUAUAAGCGUCAGUCAUUACGAGCCAUCGAGAAAGGUCAUGUGGCUGGCAUGAGCGGCCACUUCCAGAAACAGACCCACAUGAAUAAAGCCAACCCCCACCGGAGACAAAGCACUUUCAUUGAACCAUCUGCAAGUCCAGUUUCCAGCAAUGAAUACCGAUCCAAGCCCGGCCUUCAGCGUGCAGAACCACCUCUGUAUCGGCGCAGACAAAGCCGCAGACAUAGUACAACAUCAACACAACCACUAAUGGAUAGCCCUUCAUGGGUGCGAGCACCACGACCCUGUUCAAGGGAGUCAGUUAUACUCUGGUUCACUGAGGAGCAGAAGUCCAAAAAAGCUGGAUACGAAAGGAACAGCAAUGUUAUCGCCCAAUGGUUUCACGGGAUUAUCUCUCGAGAGGACUCAGAGAGACUACUUAUGACUGUUACUGAGGGCUCUUUCUUGGUGCGGGUCAGCGAGAGGAUAUGGGGCUACACACUGUCCUAUCGCACAGCCAGUGGUUUCAAGCAUUUCCUUAUCGAUGCCUCUGAGGAUUAUUACAGCUUUUUGGGUGUGGACCAAAACCGUCAUGCCACUCUUGCUGACCUUAUUGCCUUCCACAAGGAGGAAGUCAUCACAACAACAGGGAAAGAACUGCUGCUGGAGGCCUGCACACGGACUGGUCCCUCUGUAGACUUUGGAGGACUUUUCCCAUAA